AUGCCUCUCGAUUCGCUCCCCGUAGGCCCCCCGAUUCACGCCCCGCAAGGCCUCCACGACCCCUUGAUUCAAGCCUCGUAUAGCCUGUCGCCAGGUAGUUUGUCACUGUCAUGCCGUCCGUACGCAUCCCGCAGCCAGCAUGCACCCCGCCACCCAUCGCACUCCACAGCCCAUACGCUCCCGGUCGCUCGUGCGCACUCUGCCGCCCGUCGCCAGAUCCCCACCACCCGUACGCACUCCGCUGCCCGUCGCCAGAUCCCCGCUACCUGUAAGCCCCCUCCGUCCCGCACCCCGCACCCUGCCCAAACCCAUCUCUGCGUCGUCCCGUCACGUCCCAUCCCGUUCCUGCACCGUCCCAUCCCGUCCCCUCCCCACCCCGUCCCUCCCUCGUCGCCCCCACUCUUCCGAGCCUUCCUCUGCCGUAUUGGGCGGUGGUGGGUGUGGUUGAUAGUGGGGGGCAUGGCGGCUUGCUGCCACCAUGCUGCGCUCGCUGCUACCGCGCCUACAGCUGCCGCCGCCCUUCCUCGCCUCCUACCCGUCUCCUGCCUUACCUGCCCACCGAGAAUGGAGGUGGCGGCCAGUGGGAGAUGGGGAAGGGGGGGGCGGCGGCAGGAAUGGAGCGUUGAUGCCGUGCAUGACGCGGCUGGCCUGGCCUGCCAUUGCGACUAA